AUGGAUGACGAGGACGGCGGCAUCCUCAACAUCCAACUCUCCGAGAGCGAUGACGAGAGCAAGGUAGACCGUACCCGCCAGACGGAACCCGAGUUCCAGGUAGUCAAACGGGGAUACCAUACAAAGGUUGAAAACGGCAACAUCCACAAACAAAUCUGCCUGCCUCUGGGCCCAGGUGCCAAUAAGCAGCACAUACAAGAGGUUCUCCACGCCGUCGAAGAGCUCUACUACUUUCGUAGGUUCGCCGACGCCCUUGACUUCAUCAAGACAUUACAGAACGAUGGAAGCAUGAGGGCGUUGGACAGUGACACCUGUAAAUUGCUGCAAGUGUAUGAGGAGAGGUGUCGGAGGAAGCUACAUGCAGAGAGCGUUUAA